AUGGCAUCUGGCGACUGCCUUCUGCUAGACCUAGAAACAGAUAACUUCAUUCUCUGCAACAUCUCCAUCAACCAGAGUGCAACCCUCUCCCUCCUUGGUGACGACUGGUUCUACCCAGCGUUCCUCUACGCCAUCCCCACCAUCUAUGGGAUCAUAAUUUUGAUAGGCCUUAUUGGCAAUAUCACUUUGAUUAAGAUCUUCUGUACUGUGAAAUCCAUGAGAAAUGUCCCGAAUUUGUUUAUCUCCAGUUUGGCUCUGGGAGACCUGCUGCUUCUAGUGACUUGUGUGCCUGUGGAUGCCAGCAGGUACCUUGCUGACGAGUGGCUGUUUGGCAGAACUGGAUGCAAACUUAUCCCCUUCAUACAGCUCACCUCUGUAGGGGUGUCAGUCUUUACUCUCACUGCUCUCUCGGCUGACAGGUAUAAAGCCAUAGUAAGGCCGAUGGAGAUCCAAGCAUCACAUGCUCUGAUGAAGAUUUGUGUGAGAGCUGCUACAAUCUGGAUUGUAUCCAUAUUGCUUGCCAUUCCUGAAGCAGUGUUUUCAGAUCUGCACCCUUUCUAUGACAAAGGGACUAAUAAAACCUUCAUCAGCUGUGCUCCUUACCCACAUUCUGAUGGGCUGCAUCCCAAAAUUCACUCAAUGGCAUCAUUUCUGAUCUUUUAUAUCAUUCCCCUAUCUGUAAUUUCAGUAUAUUAUUAUUUCAUUGCUAAGAAUUUGAUCCGGAGUGCUUACAACAUCCCCGUGGAAGGAAACGUGCAUGUGAGGAAACAGAUUGAAUCCCGUAAGCGCCUGGCCAGGACAGUACUUGUCUUUGUGUGCCUCUUUGCCUUCUGCUGGCUUCCCACUCACAUCAUUUAUUUAUACCGGUCCUACCACUAUUCAGAGGUGGACACCUCGAUGCUGCAUUUCAUCGCCAGCAUCUGCGCUCGCAUCUUGGCAUUCACUAACUCCUGUGUCAAUCCGUUUGCUCUCUACUUGCUGAGCAAGAGCUUCAGGAAGCAGUUCAACAACCAGCUUUUCUGCUGCAGAGCUCGCCUCCUCAUCCGCUCCCAGAGCAUGGCCAGGAGCACCACACGAAUGACCUCCCUCAAGAGCACCAACCAUUCCCUGGCCACCUUCAGCCUUAUCAAUGGCAACCACAUCUGCCACGAAGGCUAUGUCUAA